UUUAUCAUGUACCAUGGCAAUUUCGAAAUCAUUAUUGGUGAACAUUUUGGUGAUAUGUUGGUUAGCAUUUGAAGUGAGCGGCGGCAGAGAGCUUCUGCCUUGCAUUCAUAAGCUGUUGCUGUGUGAGGCGUAUCUGAAGGGACCGGUGUCGCCACCAGCAGGAUGCUGUGUGCCGCUCAGAGAGAUGGGCAACAACGACGUCCCGUGCCUCUGCGAUGUCUUCAACAAUCAGCCCUUCUUGAAAACUCUCAACAUCACGCAGGCAGAAGCUCUCAAUCUUGCUCAAACUUGUGGUGCCAAUACUGAUACAUCCCUCUGCUCUCAAGAGGCUGCUGCACCUUCUGGUUCACCAUAUAUUCCAGCUGCACCUUCUUCAAAUAGUAGUUCGGAAACGAGCGCGGCGCCGAAGAAGAGCACCGUAUCUCUUGUUGGAGUCUCUCUGUUUCUGGCCGCCGUUUUCAGUAUUAUAGUUUCACUAUUUUAGGGAUAUACUACUAAUGUAGUAGCACUUGUUAGAAAUUUGGACUUUCACAUGACUAAUUUAAUGUGUAUGGUUAUUUUUCAGUUGCUCAAUUAAAGUGAUCUAAUAAAGAUUAAAGUUUGGGCUAAAGUGUAUUUAAUUGUUAUGGAAAUAAGUGUAGAUACCAUAAAGUGAUUUUUUAUUUGAUGAGGGACCGAAUAGAAAAUAAAGGGGUUUAUAUUUAAUAUAAAUAUAAGCUAGGGUUAUGGUUCCCAGACGUCAGAAGAACAUUCGAUAUCUCUAUAUUC